AUGCCUGCCCUCCCAAUCGACGACAUUUCCUCCGCAUCCUCCGAAAUCCUUCACGGCAUCGCCAAGCGCGGCAAUUGGGCCAGCAAAAAUCCCGGCCCCAUCCUUGUCUUUUGCAUUGUCUUCGUUGUCGGCAUGGGUAUCGCGCUUCUCGUCGUUUACCGGUUUAUGAUGGCUAAAAAAGCGGCCAGGCAGUCGUAUGAGGUGGAGUAA